GUCCUCAUCCGUUCAUCUUCCACCGCCGUCACCUUCACCUCCACUGCCUGGAUGUACCAUGAGUUCGAUGUUUCGCAUAACCCCCAGCCUAUGGGACAAGAUCCACCAUUUUGCUAGCUUUCCGCAGACCGGUGUGUCUCUACAGCAAAUGGUCCUCUUUGGAAAGAAUCCUAGCCAAGGAACUCUACUGAAAGCUAGCCAGUUUCUUGCGGAGGAGCUUCCCGUUCGUUUGGCUCACCGUGUCAAAGAACUUGACGAAUUGCCACAUAACCUCAGCGCUAUGCCUUCAAUAAAGAAGGUGAAGAACUGGUAUGCGCAGUCAUUCGAAGAACUCAUAACGUUCCCGCAAAUCGUUCUUCCACAAGAUAUUCGACGCGCUUUGAUUGGAACGCGUGAUGACAAACUCUCAACUCUUCCUGAACCUGUUCCGAACCCAUCGUUGGCGCAAUUAGUAGAAGACUAUGCCAAUAAUCCUCAUCUGCACAAAAGUUACAAUGGUGGAUCGCAAGCCUUGAUGAAUUCGAACGGAAACGGUGGCAAUGGGUUCAAUAAGCUGAAGCUGAGGGUUCCUAUGGAGAGAAGGUACUAUGCCAAUACCGACAACAUUGAUUGGCCGCCUCAAGUACGGGACUAUAAUGCGCGCUUCACUAAAGCUCUGGAGGCGAUAAAGAGUCGCCACGACCCCACUGUAACAACUGUGGCACAAGGUGUUCUUGAGUGGAAACGUAGCAAAGGAGAAAGAAACAUUGGGUUGGACGUUCAAGCGUGGCUGGAUCGGUUUUAUCUAUCACGGAUUGGCAUCCGCUUCUUGAUCGGACAGCAUAUCGCGUUGAACAGCGAACAGUCGCACGAUGACUAUGUCGGGAUAAUUUGCACCAAUGCUAACGUCCACGACAUCGUACAAGAAGCCAUUGAGAACGCGCGGUUCGUAUGUGAAGAACAUUAUGCGAUGUUUAAAGGGCCUCCCGUUCAACUCAUUUGUCCUCCCGACCUUUGCUUCCCUUAUGUCCCUGGCCAUCUUUCACAUAUUGUCUUCGAGCUCUUGAAGAACUCUCUGCGUGCGGUUGUGGAACGAUUCGGUGUUGAUGCGGAAAACGGUUAUCCGCCUAUAAAGGUAGUGGUAGUGGAGGGCACGGAAGAUAUCACCAUAAAAAUUAGCGAUGAAGGCGGUGGCAUACCCCGAAGUGCCAUACCAUUAAUAUGGACGUACAUGUAUACGACAAUGGAAGGUCAAGGCGUGUCUGAAGAUUUCAACGCGAGCGAUUUCAAGGCUCCUAUGGCAGGAUUCGGUUACGGGCUGCCGUUAUCAAGAUUGUACGCGCGAUACUUUGGUGGAGACCUCCGACUAAUAGCCAUGGACGGAUUUGGGACAGAUGUGUAUAUUCACCUCAAUCGGUUGUCGAGCAGUCGAGAGCCGCUACCCUAGAUGUGUUGCAUCUGAUCAUCUACCGCAUAGGACGACUUCUGAUUAAUAGCCCACCGAAAUGUACUCUUACUAAUAUAUCUAUAACCUACUUCGAAAAACACG